AUGACACUUCGUUCAGGAAGAAGAAGAAUUAACGUCGGCUACCCCAAAUUAUCCUGUCGUACAUUAGAAGAGGAUCAACGUCCUGAAAAAGACGAUGCUUGUCAUCUCGUGAAAUUCAUUUGCAAUCAUUACAGAAAGGAAAUUAAUGAAACUGCAGCAAUGAAUUUAUUAUGGAAUAAAAGAUUUCUUAUUGAUAAAUUUCAUUAUCAUAAUCAUAUUGAUCUAUGGUGCAGACGAUACUUGGACUAUCGACAAUUUCCUGAAACAGAAAUUCUAAAUUUACAAUCAUGCGAACAAACCAACAGUUGGCUUGGCAGAUACAAAUAUAUUGUUUCAGAAAUGAAUUAUAGCAAAGCCAGCUCAUUCCUAUUAAUUAUAUCUCAUUAUUAUAAUUUGAAAAAACUAAUUAAUAACGUCAAAUUAAAUAAUGAUACAGAUUCAAAAAUUAAUAAUGGUGGAGCCGAUCAACAGCAAGAUGAUCAACACAACUGUUCGCCACGAAAUUUGAGGUGUUAUUCACUAGCACAGGAAGAUGAACAAGAUGACGAAAUGGACACAGAUGACGAAUAUGGAUUAGGUACAUUUCCAUCAUAA